UAAACUACUAUGAGUGAAUACAAUGACUAUAGAGGAGGCCCAGGGUCCGGCUCGCGUGGGCGGGGCCACGGGUCCGGCUCCUAUCGGGGUGGAUGGGGAAGUCAAAGAGGACGCGGUUCUGGGUACGGUGACCGCGAUCGUGCGAGAGACUAUGACCGAGAACGCAGCUCAUACAGUGAGUACAGCUCAUAUGGAGAAUACGGCUCAUACCGCGGAAGAAACCCUUCGCAUCGUGGCUCCUAUAAUCACAGUAGUAACUAUGCGCCCAACCACUAUAGGGGAUCGCAUUAUGGACCUCAAGCACAGAACUCAGGCCAUUACCAACCUCAACCCUCUCGUCCUCCCAGUUCUGGAGAUGGAAGAUCCAGCGAUUAUAGCAGUCACCUGGAAGAAAAGCCAGUACACGAAACCCCUACCCCCGUUUCGAACCACGCUACUCCUAUCUCGUCACAUGCUCCGCUGAAAUUGACUUCUAAAACAGAAGAGCUUUCCGAGAUCGAUGACGAGUUGGUCAAGCUUCGAGCUGAUUUGAUAAAUAAAACCGGCAAUUACGCACUUCUAGUGAGUCAACUAGACAAGGAACAAUUGAAUAUCGACUUGAAUAAUGAGAAAUUGCUGGAAAUGAGUUUAAUGUAAAGUAGUGUAAUAUAGAAGAAACCUU